AUGAUCGUUGUAUUCACCGGUCGAACCUCCGAACAAAUCGUGACAAAUGAUAUUCAGAGAGAAGAGGACCAAGACCGCGACGAACAUAUGAUAAACUGUACGGAUGUGCGAAAGUUCAAAAAGUUCGGCUUAACAAACGAAUUCAUGACUACAAGAUCUCAUCGUGACCACACGGUGAAACAUAACUGUCAGUCAGCGGACGAAUCCCACGACUUUUGGGCGGCUACCACCGGUAUGCUCAUACGCCCUUUGUUGGCCGACGACCUGGUCACUACUGAUCGGCAAGUUCAUGCCAGACCCAAGGCAACCGUCGUCGAGACUGUUUACUUCAUUCGAUUCGUGUUCGUUUAUUCUAGCAUAUUUACGUCUGGGAUUGAAAUAACUUACGGUUUGCUAGUACUGCCAAAAUGGGGUAUUUUCAUUCUCUUACGGUACGAUGUGACCGACGUUGCCAACGAAACUGAUGGAACGACCAACCCAUUGCUCCAUCGAAUCGAGCGGAUUAUCGGUACGGUUACAGAUUGUUGGUCUAUUCGCGGAUUCGCGCAGUUGGAUUGCAAACGUUUCACCACCAAUCGAGGAGACAUCGUCAGUGCUGGGUUAAGUGAUGAUGUCACCUCGAUUGGUGAUGAAACGUUGGCAAUCCAAAUACGAAGUUCGACUACUACUCGAACGCUGAGUGAGGAAAACUUGACGCACAAGCUCCAUCCAACCACCCCCUUUGAAUCUAUGUCCAGAAAAUCGCCUAUUUCUAACUGCAUGAUUAAAAACUGGAGUCGGAACAUGAUAACUCACUCCGGUGGAAGCGCAGCGGUUUUCACACCACAUCCGCGGGUGCGCAAACCGUCAAAUGAGGUAGUUAACCCUGGUCGUGCGCACUGUCCGGAGUCCCGUUGGAGGAUUCAGGGCCGCCUUUCCGUUGGUCAAAUUAGAUCGCUUGGUUCCGAUGCCGCUCGUCGCUCAACGCUGAUUGGUUCACGAACAGCCAAGGUCGCCGUCCAAACGGCUUGCAUCGUGUCGCCCUGCCUGUGUCGAGACUUGUGGGCGCCCAUUUUACUGGGCUGCAAUCAGCUGGAGAGUAGGAAGAUAACCUCGCCAAUCCAGUGCUUUCAAAAGAUGGAACAGAAGCAAACUGGCGACGAAGUGAUGACCAGACAACAACAUAGGUGGCCCCAUAAUCCUGUCGUGCCCACUUUGAGCAUUUUAGUGUUUCGGCGUCAGUCGAUCGGUGAAUGUAAAUUCGAAGGUCGGCUUUUGAUGGGUUCUGUUCCCGGCUGUUCACCGACUAGGAUUGGAGGUAUGGUAGAAAUGAGUUAG